CUCAGAUUCUGCACUGUUUCUGCUUUUCUGCCUCUUCAGUUUAUGAAAGAACUUUGCCAUAUUUUUACAUCCAGCAACUCGAAAGCCAUAGAAUAGACCUACCUACCUAGGUACCUCACGAUUGCAGCUGCUUCGCUGUUCGUUGUACGCAUGCGCAACCCCGUCGUUCCUUAGCAACGAUACAUCGGUGCGGAGGAGACGGCCUGAGGCUGUGCCUACGGCAAAAGAAAUGUCUGGCGCGGGAAAACAUGCAGCAGGUGACUGCAAUAUCGUUCACUUGGACGAUAGUUGGAAGACGUAUGUCCGGAAAGAGGUUGAAAUGAGCCGAAAAUGGGUCGUUAACUGGGGCUUUCUCCCUCUCCAGUAUCAACAGCUCCGUGAAGACUUGGGCAAGUCAUGUGCUCCUGUGUCCACCACUACUCGCUCCUGUGCUCUCCACCUCCCCCCUCUCCCAUGUCCUCCACAGACAACUCAACUUGCCUUCCCCAAGACCACAUCAAGAGAGAUUGGCUGGAGAUCAGGUGACAAGGCCUACAGUCUGGAGGUGUAUGGUCGCUGGGGAAGACCUAAAGUCUCCAUUCUCCAUCACCUCAACUGGCCUCAUGAUGCCGUGGAGUAGAUAAUGCCUCAUCUUUAUGUGCAUCUGCUUGCUUUUUGUUUUCUGUCUAUUUCUUGGUAUGGAGGCACUCUUUAAAUUUUCAAAAUUUCCAAUGGUAGCACGCAUAGAGAUAAAACUUGGUAUGUAUGCCUAUCACUAAGUACGGUAGUGCUUAGUAUAUAGGGAUUGACAUGGUACCUAGCAUCAUAGAUGUAUGGGGCUAUGAUAGGGAGUUUUGUUCAUCAUCUUCUUCUUCUUCUUCUUCUUCAACCAGCGUAACUCAAAAACCGAAAGAGAUAAAGCCAUGAAAUUUUGUAGGAAUGUACAUAUCGAUAACCACAUGGGACUCAUCAUACUUUUUGGUUUGUAAACAAUGUUGUUUACUGUAAACAACAACAAAAUUUCCCCAGGCAAUACAUUAUAAUGGACAAUACAUUUUAAUGGGCAUACUACAUGUGUCAGUGUAACUCACAAUUGGUAAGAGUUAUGCGAGCGAAAGUUUGUAUACACAAUGUAUUCAAUAGCCAACAUCAAAAUCACAACAAUACAUGUUUGUAAAUAACAACAAAUAUCCUCAGGCACUUUUCUUUAAAUAAUACUUCUUCACUUCUCAAACUUUCCAAUGGUAGCACGCAUAG